GGCAGGCAGGCAGACGAAGUUGCAGGCGGGUGGUGGUGGCUGUACUUGCUGGUGAGGGCGGGAGGGAGUGAGUCACUGAGCGUGUGUGAGGGAGGGAAGGAGCGAACGGGCGGGCGAGCGAGCAGCCCGCGCCGUCCGCCUGCAGCACCAGCCAGGCCCCGCCGCCGCCGCCGCCGCCGCCGCCGCCCCGCGCCGAGGCCGGGCCGAGCCGAGCUGGGUCGGGCCCGGGCCAUGCUGCUCACCGUGUACUGUGUGCGGAGGGACCUCUCCGAGGUGACCUUUUCCCUCCAGGUCGACGCCGACUUCGAACUGCACAACUUCCGCGCGCUGUGUGAGCUCGAGUCCGGCAUCCCCGCAGCCGAGAGCCAGAUUGUCUACGCUGAAAGACCUCUCACAGACAACCACAGAUCACUGGCUUCUUAUGGCUUAAAAGAUGGCGACGUUGUGAUUUUACGACAGAAGGAGAAUGCAGACCCUCGCCCUUCGGUGCAGUUCCCAAACUUACCCCGAAUAGACUUCCGUAGCAUAGCUGUGCCUGGCACGUCCAACACCCGGCAGCGCCAGCCAGCAGGAGCUCAGCAGUCCCACUCGUCUCCUGGAGAGGUAGCUUCAUCUCCUCAGGGCCUGGACAAUCCAGCCUUGCUCCGAGACAUGUUGCUGGCCAACCCCCAUGAGCUGUCCUUGUUGAAGGAACGCAAUCCACCCUUGGCAGAUGCUCUGCUCAGUGGAGAUCUUGAGAAAUUUUCUAGGGUCCUGGUGGAGCAGCAGCAGGACCGAGCCCGGAGAGAGCAAGAGAGGAUUCGUCUCUUUUCUGCGGACCCUUUUGAUCUUGAAGCUCAGGCAAAGAUAGAAGAAGAUAUAAGGCAACAGAACAUUGAGGAAAACAUGACAAUAGCUAUGGAAGAGGCUCCGGAAAGUUUUGGCCAAGUAGUGAUGCUUUAUAUUAACUGCAAAGUGAAUGGACAUCCUGUGAAAGCCUUUGUUGACUCAGGUGCCCAGAUGACUAUUAUGAGCCAAGCUUGUGCAGAAAGGUGUAAUAUAAUGAGGCUGGUGGACCGUCGGUGGGCAGGGAUCGCCAAAGGAGUGGGCACCCAGAAGAUUAUUGGAAGGGUACAUCUAGCUCAGGUUCAAAUUGAAGGAGAUUUCCUGGCGUGUUCCUUCUCUAUACUUGAGGAACAGCCCAUGGACAUGCUUUUGGGAUUGGACAUGCUGAAACGGCAUCAGUGUUCCAUUGACCUCAAGAAAAAUGUACUCGUGAUCGGCACCACAGGCUCAAAGACCACCUUCCUUCCUGAGGGGGAGUUACCAGAGUGUGCCCGGUUGGCAUAUGGGGCCGGGCGAGAGGAAGUACGGCCAGAGGAGAUUGCAGACCAAGAAUUAGCAGAAGCCCUUCAAAAAUCUGUAGAGGAUGCAGAGAAAAGCGGUAAAGAAACUACCUCACUGGGAAUGUCAUCAUUACCAACUUCAGAUGGAUUUAACCAUCAAGCCCAUCCUUCAGGACAGAGUCCUGAGAUCGGUAAUCCUUCACGUCUUGCUCACUCUGUCUCUGCUUCCGUCUGCCCUAUUGAGCCCAGCGACCCAGACAGCACUGAACCUAAAGCUCUGAAGGCUUUGAAGGCUUCAGCCGAAUUCCAGGUAACCCCUGAAAAGAAAGAACAUCUUCCUCUGCAGGAUCUUUCUGAUUGUGCUUCUUCAGCAGACAGUGCUCCAGCAGACCAGAGUCCAGCUAUGCCUCUGCAGAAUUCACUCGAAGAAGCCAUUGUUGCAGGUAAUCUAGAGAAAUCUGCUGAAAGAAGCACCCAGGGCCUCACAUCUCAUCUCCACACAAGACAGGAAGUUAGUUUAUCUGUCACUAGGAUGCAAGAACCACAGAGGCUAAAAGAUGAAAAGGGUUGGCAUCCAGAAUAUCAGGACCUGAGUCAAGCGAGUGGCCUUCAGCAGCAUGAAGAACCAAGGAAUGAACAGCAUGAGGUUAUACAACAGAAUGCUCUACAUGACCGAGAACAUCUUUGUAACACAGGGGACCUUGAACUUCUUGGAGAAAGGCAACAGGAUCAACAAAGAAGUAUUGGUUCGGAAGCUACAAUGAAAGGAGACAGGCUACAGCAGACUGUGGACCUUUCGGGUACAGAGAAAAAUAUUCUACCUUCAGGAUGCUUUGGCUGCUCAAGUUCAGAAACACUUAUGGAAGUAGAUAUAGUUGAAGAGUCCCUAGCUGCUGUGCUUAAUUCAGCAGGUGGUCAGAAUACCAGUGUCAGGAACACCGGUGCAUCUGAUCUCACCUUAGAUAAUCCCUUGAUGGAAGUAGAAACAUCAAAAUGUAACCCUUCCUCUGAAAUUUUGAGUAAUUCCAUUUCCACUCAGGAUUUACAGCUUCCAGAAAGUAAUGUUGAAAUGUCUGGAACAAGUAAAGAAUACGGGAAUUGCCCCUCCUCUUUAAUAAGUCUCUGUGGCAGUUGUCAGCCAUCUGUAGAGUCCACAGAGGAAUCUUGCUCAUCUGUAACGGCAGCCUUGAAGGAACUUCAUGAACUUUUGGUCAUUAGUAGUAAACCAGCUUCAGAAAACACAUCGGAAGAAGUUAUCUGUCAAUCAGAGACAGCAACUGAGGGCCAAACAGGUAUUAAGGACCUUUCUGAGAGAUGGACCCAAAAUGAGCAUCUUACAGCUACCCAGAGUGAACACUGUUCACAGGUCUCCUUUCAUCAGGCCGUAUCUGUAACAGUGAAGACAGAAGAAUUAACAUACACUUCAACUGACGCUGGAGUAGAAGAUGUAGAAAAUAUUAACUUCAGGGGUCCAGGUGAUGGCGUAUUAACUGAUAAGGAAGGUGUCCCCAAGCCUAAGGAGUCAAUAAAUGAGAGCAGUUCUGUCACUUUAGCCUCAGCUGAAACAUCCAACCAACUACAUUGCACCUUUGGUGUAGAAAUUUCACCCAGACUUUUAGCAGGUGAGGAGGAUGCACUCAGUCAGACUUCUGAGCAAACUGAGUCCUUGUCAUCCAGUUUCAUAUUGGUUAAAGAUUUGGGUCAGGGCACACAGAAUCCAGUGACAGACAGGCCUGAGACUAGAGAAAAUGUCUGUUCUGAAGCUGCAGGGCCACUUCUAGAAUUUGUACCACCUACCAGCCAUCCAUCAUCAAGUCCCUCCUUUCUUGCACCAUUAAUUUUUCCUGCUGCGGACAUUAACCGGAUUCUCCGUGCCGGCUUUACUUUGCAGGAAGCUCUUGGGGCUUUGCAUCGAGUUGGUGGAAAUGUAGACCUUGCACUUCUUGUUUUGCUAGCAAAGAACAUUGUAGUUCCUACAUAACCAUGGAAAAGUGGGCUAGACCAUACUCCAUUCCCUUAAAAAAAAGCUAUAUAUCUACACAUACACACUCACCACAUACACGUAUAUGUAGAAACCUGCAAGCAGAAUGUUGAGCCAGAUUUUUUUUAAAGAUUUUUUUCGGCCAAAGUAAUUUAUGAUCUCUUGUCUGAUGAAUUUGUCUAUUCUAUUUGUUAAAAUUUGGGCCUUUUUAAAUGUAUUGGCAGUAUGUGCAUACAGAAGCUUUUUAUUAACAUUAAGAUGAUGUAUUCUGGAAUAAAAUUGGUGGUUUUGUGUAUAGCAUACCAUUUUAGAAUGAGAGUGAAUGCUUUAAAAAGCAGAAGCCGUGAGAAAUCCCACCACCCAUGCAGCUAAAAACAGAUCAACUUCAUAAUUUGGCUGUGUCUGUGCUGUAGGCAAGGUAUGGCUUGUUGACUCAAUUUUUGGUUUACAAACUUGAUUACAUGGUUUGGUGUUUGGAAUCAUACUUAGUGCUUUAUGUAUUACGAUUCAUCAGUUGUAACAGGAAAUUGAAGAAUAUCUCCUAGAGUGGUAUGUUUUUAUUCGUGUGGUUAGGAUUUGACAUUUUAAUGGGAUGAGUUGGGAGGGUUUAAAACUUGGGCUGCUUUGUACAUCACAGGCUGCUGCAUGGAUUGCCAGGUAUCUUGGGUGGGAUACUGUGAGGGAAUUAACAUUAGAGCGAACCAUGGUGCUACCCAGAUUUAAAAAAAGAGAGAAAAAACUAAUUCCAUUUGCAAAUGUCAUGGUGAUGUUUCAAGAACUGUGAGUGAAAAAUAAUGGCCUAAACACUGGAAUUAACUAGUGACUGGGUUUGGUAGCGUCUCACUGAUCACAACUCAACCCUUAAUGACUAAUGAUGAACUUAUGUUCGGCUAGUGGGUUGAUUGCCAGCAGUUUAUUUCCUUUCCAAACUCAUCUUCUUCUAGGAAGUUCUUCUAAAGCUCAGUUUGAGCUGUGAUCUGAGUGAAAUAUUCAAGUGUGAUAAAUAACCUUGUCACUGGUUUAUCUUGGUGCUUGGAAUGGUCAGUGUAUUUGGUGAGUGUCUUUCAUGGCAGUGGAAAUAGUAAUUGGAGUUUCUGACUCAAGUGGCCUUGGUAGAGUUUUCCAUCCCUUUCUUUCCUCAGGAGUUUCUUUUUUUAAGCAAGGUUCGUCAUAUUUGUGUUUACACAUGUCAAGUUAGAGUGGGGCAUAGUAUAUAGAUGUAUUUAUUGUGGCCUUUUUUUAUAUGAGGACUAGCCCUUGGAAAUCAUUGUCCUGUGGGCCCCACUGUGCAAUAAUUCUACUGGGUAGAUUUUAGAUACUUUUUUUCGUGGAAAAUAAACCCUGUUAUGUACCUAGCAGGAAUCUGAAAUCUUGGUUUUAUUGAAGAGAAUUUUGAGAAUGAUAAUUCCCUAUUCCAGGUUAUAAUUUGCAAUGUGUUUGAAACAGAAGCUUCAAAAGGGUGAUUUGUGAACUUUUAACUUUAAGUGAUUUUUGUCUAAAGUCUUACUCUCUUUAAAAGCUUAUUCUUUCUGUCAAAAUUCACGUCAUUGAGCACAAUCAAAAUGGAGGCUCAUAUCUCAGGAGUUCUAAAAUUUUUGAUUUGGGGGCACUUAGACAUUUCUUUUACCCUAUUCCAUGUUCUUUCUUUUAGCUGUGAGGUUUGUAUGUGUGUUAGGAGCCUGAGUGAUAUGAUGGAAAGUUGCAUAGAUUCCUCAUGACCCUCUGAAGUUAGGGAAUGGUUGACAGAAAGAGUUGUCGUUUACUGUGUUCAGAAGGGCGCUCAGAACAAGUUAGCCAGAUUGUCUUUAAAGUGUUCUUUUAGACAAUCAUGUGCUGUAGAUCCUUUUGCCUGCCCUACACCAAAGAUGUAAGAUGCACUAGGAACCUGCUGAUAGGAUUUCUGUCAACUGACUCUUAGAGCUGUGACUGUAAUUAAGUAGUGGUGCUAUGAUUGAAGCAAAAUUUAGUAGCAAUGCAAUGGGCCCCUGAUUUGCGUUAUGGGUAUGCUUGGGAAUUUAUUCUAAGCUUAUAAAUCUUUAGGGUCACAAAGUGGGAUGAGUGUAGGGUUACAAAGUGGGGUGAGUCUAUGACAGUAGACUCCUCCAAAAAGGCCUUCUGUAUGAAGAUGGGCCUCAGAGUUUUCUGUACUAGCAGUUCCUCUGACUACUGUUCAGAGGCUUGGCCACUGAAUUUUCACAAUGUGGAGAUUUGGGAGUCAAUCCCAGGUGGGAUAUAGAAUAUCAAUCUGGGAAAGGUUUCAUUACGAUAGCUUUUAUUGUAUGUAUAUGUAUAUUUAUUUCUAGGAGAAAAUUGGAUAGGCCUAUCGUUGUACAUGUAUUCUUAUUAGGAAUACUUCGAGCUUAACCCACUUGCCAAAUAUCCUUGUCCUUUUUCAUCAUUUAUCUUUCAACUUAUAAUUGCUUUUGAUUUUUUAAAUCUUCCUGUCCAUCGUUUGUAUGAAAGUAAAGUUGUUGACAUUGUCAAGAUUUUGAAUCAUUUUUAAAUUUAGCAGUUGUAAAACACAAAAGGAAUUCAGGAACAUGACACUAGUGAACCUUCGUUUUCAAUUUUUAUUCAGAGUGCAGAAAUUAGAGAUUAACUUCUCCAAGAAUAAGAGAAAAUCAUUGUGAACUCCUCUGGUUGCCAACAGAACUGAUAAUGGCCAGCCAUAACCAGUAAUGGGCUGCUUUACCGGAUAGCUCCUUUGCCAUAACCGGUAAUGGACAGCCUUGUGGUCAGCAGGUACCUCCAAGGGUGGUAUCUGUUUAUUCACCAAAGAGAGGAGAAGAUUUACCUAUAUGACUUCUGCAGUUUCCCUUUGGUUGGUUCCUGUGUAUAAGAAUGUGCUUGGUAACCAGACAGCUAUACCUAGGCUAUAGAUUUUGCCGUUGCAGCUGGUAAGAAUUACUUCCACUCGUACCUCUUUAGGCAUCCAGACAUCAGCCAGUAGCCUUCAUCCCACAGUUUGGGCUUUAGCCAUUAACAUAUAAAGAUUACCAGUUGCAAUGGGAACUACAUAGAUGGUGAGUGUGUAUGAAAACUGUUCUGCCUUGCAGCCUACAGAACUUUCCAGAGCUCCUUGUCUCCAUAUAUACUGAAGGGAGACACACACCUUGUAUUUUUUUCCCAGAGCAUUUCUCCAGUAAGAGUUACAUGGAAAGAUAUAUGAGACUUUGUGUCACUGAUUCUAUGAUAACCAGCUAAGGUGGAAUCUGCCUGUUUUUCCCUUAGCACAGCUUACUAUCCCUAGUAAAAGCCAUAAAAAUUUAGUUGGUUUAACCAUCAGUUCAUGUGUAUAUAUACAUGUGUGAUAGACAGAUAUCCUACAGUUAAUUUUACAUAGAUUAAAAAGCAAACAAUUUUUAUAUCUACAGAUGUAGUCUUCAGUUAUGGUGGUUUUUAUGUAUAUAAAAAACAGCCUUGCAAGUAACUGGCCAGAAGAGUUGCAGUACAUUCUGAUUUCCUUUUCCUAUCUCUUUGCCACCUGCAGAGAGUAUAAGCAGGAUAAUUGAACUGCUGCGUAUUUCAAACUUGUUAUCAGUGGUAACAUAUCAUAAGAGAAGCUAACUGGAUUAUGCAUUCUCUAGCACAGAUACCAAAAAGCCAAAUAUCUCCUUUGUAUUUGGUGACUUAGUGUAGUCCGCGGCUGAACUAGAAAGAGACAGAGUUCUCAAGAGUUCCCUUCCGAGAAGAUGAAUGUUAACUUAGUUCUGUGAAAUAAAAAUAGCUUUCUUUUUGAAAGAUUUAAAAACGCCAAUUCCUGUUAACAACAAAGUAAAUGCAAAGCAUGUCCUUGAGAACCAGAGAUGUAAAAUCAUGGCUCAAAUUCUCUACCUUUGUGGUCCCUCGGUAGAUGUUACUAGGAGUUCACUGAGUAAAUCAAAGAACUUAGGGGAGGAACCUUUGAUAUGCUUGAUUUUCUCUUGUGCCUUAGUUUCUCCAAAUAGCAGAGGCAUCAAAUUUGGGUGGGGAAUAAAAGUGGAAGGAGGGGGGCAGCAGGGAAGUCUGAAAACGGCUCUCCUGGAGAUAGGCAUGCAUGGAGUGGUCCUAAGGCUCACGUUCAUUGUUGGUUGAGAAUUAUCCUGCACCAAAUCAUUAGAUUUCCCCAGGUAGAAGGAUUAUGACAUGGCUUUUUUGUAUCAGGUAUACCCCCAAAAAUGGUUUCUAAGUGUUUAUUAUGUUCUUUGUUGCACUGUCAGUAUUGUGGUGAAGGCAGAGCAAAAGUUCAAGAAAAUCUUAUAUUACAGGAAACGCUUACUCUCUUGAAGGCUAUGCAGUUUGAAUCUUUGAAUAAGAGUUCAUUAUUCAUUCAAACAUUAAGUGCCUGUGUGCCAGGUACUGGUGAGCACUGGGGAUACAGGAGUGACUAAAACAGACUGGAAGCUGCUCUUGUGAAGCUUUCAGUCUAGUAAAGAGACAUGAAACAAAUUUUAGCUUCAAGUGCAAGAUCUAUUUUUGCCUAUUAGCAUCAUUUAUUUUAAAAGUCAUACUAGGAUGAUUUGGUUCAAAUUCAGAGAAAACUGGGAAAAUCAGGCUCAAAAUGGAAUUAGAUGCUGUGAACCUAAAACUGCUCUAAAAAAAAAUAUUUUUAAAAAAAUGGACUCGGAGAAACCAACAAAAAAUGUUCUAACAUUUGGUAGAAACACUUGAAGAGAUCAAGGAUUCAGAAAUCAAUGUAUACUGUUGGUGGAGGGGGAAUUGGGCAGGAUAGAAGUGCAAGUGCAAGUAAAUGGAAGAUGACCUAAUAUGCACCAGUGACAGUCAACUUUUCCUUCCAUCAGGACCUCCUUCCACGCAGGGUAGAAAUACGGAGUGUGCUGCGGCAUCCUUCCCACUCCCCCUCUGAGCACGGCUGCUCUGGAGUACUAACCAUCUGGGCCAACAGGACUUAGCAGAGGAUUCUGGAAGAUUUGCUGUUUUAAAGCAGCUGAGCGCAAGAUGUGAAAAUAGGAAUCAAGAGCAGAAAAUGUAGCAAGCAGUGGUUCUGGGACUGGAUGGUGGGCAAAAUUUAUUUACAAGAAGAUUCAAGGCUCUACCAAAUGUUUCUACAGGACAGCUCCAUCAAAAGGACAUUCUUUAACCCAUUAUUUAAAACAUCACCAUGUAUGUAGUAAUCCUGAAGGAUACAGGUAGAAUUUCUGGACCUUAACUGCUAGUGACUUCUGAGGUUUACAGUUAGAAAACUCUCACAGGUUUAUCUGUUAUGUAUUGGUGAUUGGUAAUCUAGACCCUCUGGGGGCUGUGAAAGGUGAGAAGAUAUAGCAGAUAAGUUUCAGAGCACAAUCUUAGGGAAUGAAAGCUACAGAGAAAAUGGUGCAAGGGCAUAGGAGUUAGAGGAUAUUUCUUUUACCUAAAAAAAGUCAAGCAAACUACAGAAGACUUGGGGUGGGGGUGUGGAAUACAGAAUUAGAAUAAUUUUUACAGAAUUAUAUUUCUUUGAAUACGUACCAUAGGAAGGUUUUCAUUAGCUGACUUGGGGAAGGGGCAUGCUGGUAUAUUUUUUUCCUGGGAAGAUGCAUGACUAAUAAAUUAUUUUGUUUACCAUGAGUUUGUUUUACAUACAACUCUGAAUGAUGCAUCAGUGACUUAAAGAAAGGUAGACCUCUGUAAUUUCCUAUCAGAGGCAGUCACAUCAGUUUGUUUCUAGAUUCCUUUGGUCUGAGAUUACCUGAUGCUAAUUAGACUUCUUUUUCUUUCCCUGAAGGCCCCACAGCUUUGAGUUUAUGCUUCCCAUCUGAGACCUUUCCCUCUGAAUGAUAAUAUUUCCAUUCUCUAUUCUCCUGAUCAUCCUUUCGAAAUAGUUCUGGUGAUAUACUCAGAUCAAUGUAUUUGCUUUUUUUUACUAUGCGCUUACAAUGAACAUUGACUUGCCCAUUUUUAUCCAAAAUUUUAUUUCCAUGGCAAGUUGGGCUAAUGGGCUUUGCACUCAAGUAAGGUUUGUUUACCAGUUUUGUAGCCAUAUUUGGCAAAUUUUAGCAAAUAGAAACCCCUCUUUUCCCCUUUGUUCUUGCAAUUGUACUUUUAUUGCUUUCCUGAUUUUCUUUAAGCUUUGAGACUACUGCAUCUUACAAGAACAACUAGGCAGGUUGGCAAAAUAGGCUUGCCAAUCAGUAGCUCUUUUACUCCCAUAACGCUUUGGUUUUGAGAGUUGGGAAAACUCUGAGAACUUAAGGGAACCAAACUCAGGAAUCCCACAGUUGGUUGCAUUGUGCCAUUGGUUUAGGGGCUAGACAUAGGACCUCUCUGCAGCUGAGUGAACUAGAUGCAUUUGGGUUUGAGUUUUUGUCAGAUACUGAAAUGUAAGUCAGCCCUAAGUAAUCAAAACACUUUAUUUUAUUUUUCUUUUUUUUAAUAGGAACUUUCUGAAGAAAAAGUGAUGUGUAAAACAUUUGAUAUUUAAGACAAUAAAGUUUUUAUCCUAAA